AUGAAUCAAGAUACCACUCAGGUGUUGGUGUCUGAAGAUGUUUCACCCCAGGAUAUUGCCAUAUUGGUAUUGAUAGUGGCGUAUGCUGGAGAUCCAACUUCAGAAGAAUUACUACCGAUUGCCAAUACCCUUUUCCAAUUAAUGAGACAUCAACCCAUGCAAAAUGAUAAUCAAUUGAUAGUUAUACCUACAGCACUUGAUUUAUGUAACCAAUUGGCUGAUGAUGUACGGAAAUCAACAUUUGAAACUGACGAAUCGACAAUUAAACGGAAUAUUGCCAGUGUUCAGAGUUAUCUUCUUGGAGGAUUAUGGAACAUUACAUCACCUGAAUUGUUAGAUAGUAAUAUUGUAAGUAUGAUGGAAUUAGUUCAAGAUGCAAAGACCAUAUCAGUUGAUGAUAUAGAUGAUGGUGAUAUAAAGAUAAGGUUUUCACCUCGAUCACUGAUUGGGAAUUUCAUAGGUAAAGUGGUGGCUACAUUGCAUUUAUUACAUUUUGAUGAAUUAUUCUUAUUAUAUGAAGCUUUUGUAUCAUAUCGUGAACCUACAAGAGAAUUGUUCCUCCAAUUGGGUUAUCAAAUAGAAGAAAAUUAUAGUGAGGAAGUACAAACUGUUAAAGGUAAGACUCAAGAAGAGGAUAAUGAGUUAUUUAGUACAUUGAAAUCCAAAUUAAACGAUAUCUUAGAUACUGAUAUAUCAUUCCAAACGAAAAAUAUAGGCAAUAAAGUGAUUCUUCCAAUAUCAAAAUAUACUAUUCAAGCAUUACUAGAUAAACAGAUUAAAAUUUUGGAAACCUAUGGACUGGAAACACCUCAAAAGUUGAAAGAUAUAAUGAGUGUAAUGACAGGGAAUAAUUCCAGUACUCACCUGAUUCAAAGUGCCAGUAUCACCAAUAUUCCAUCGUAUUAUUAUGUGAAAUAUCUUGAAUGUCUUUAUGAAUCAGAUUAUCAAGGAUCAUUUCAAGCUUUGCAUCAAUAUUUCGAUUAUAUGGUAUCGAAUAAUUCCAAAUACUUUUACCAUUUUGCAUUGAUUUCAAGAGCUUCCUUACAUCAAUAUUUUGAUGAAGAUGAGAAAGCUUUGGAUUCUAUAGAAGAAGCCAUAUCUGUUGCCCGAGAGAAUAAAGAUAAUGUUACAUUAACAUAUAUUCUAAGUUGGUUAUUCAAUUUUAUGAGGAAUAAACCCCAUUUAUGGAAUCAUCAGAAAUUUUAUCAUAAUAAUAAUGAACUGCAUUUACUAGAUUUCUUAGUUAAGAAGUCCAAAACCUUAUCAUUACUGUUAUAUUCCUUAAGUUAUCAUUUUGAAGCCUUUCAUAUUAUUGAUAACGGUGGGUCCAUGAAUAAAUACAUUGAAAGUCUAUUGAAGGGAACCUAUGUUUCGAUCAAUGACAGUAUUCCAACAUUCAUGAAGUCUAUGGAAAUGUCAUCGGUGGUAUGGAGUAGAAUUGGUAAUAGUUAUUUGAAUGAUAUAUAUUCAGACAUUGCUUAUGAUUUUGCUAUCAAAUCCAAUAAGUUAGUUGAUGGAGUAUCCCUAGAAAUAAGAAGAAGUUAUCUUUUGUAUUUGAAAGGGAAUGUUGAUGAAGCAUAUAAAAUGUUGGAUAACUUGAAACCAAGAACCAAAAAAGAUAUGUCAUUGAAUAAAUCUUUACAAAUUCGAAGAUUAAUCAUGUUAGUUAACAUUAAUUUGAACAAGGGAAGAUUUAAACUAGCAGAAAAGAUCAUUUCAAUGCUAUUAGACGAUGAAAUUCAAGAUAUAGAACUAAGAACAGAAUUAGUUUAUCUCAAUGCUAAAGUCCAAUUAUCUUUAAACAACAAUUCCAAAUCUUUAGAGAUCAUUUCAAAAUUCUUUCAAAGUGUUAAUUCCACCAUUUCACAAACUAAAAGUAAUCUUUAUACCAUCAUGAGAUUAAAUUUACUAAAAUGUGAAAUCUUCAAUAAUACAGGUAAUUUCACUAGAGCUAUAUCUUUGAUAAUUCAACAAUUACAACAAGCCAAAACUGUUGGUUUUAUAACCAUUGUCAUAGAAGGAAUUGUGCUUUUCUGUUCAAUACUUAAUAAUAUGGGGAGUUUCGUAGAUACUUUCAAUAUCUUGAAUGAUAAAAUGAUCACCAUAUUACUGUCAGAGAACAAAGAAUUCACUUCUCAUGCCCUUUAUGAAUUAUCCCGAUCAUGUUUCAACAUCCUAAGUCAUCAAGAAAGUUCACGGAUCAAUAUCACCGAUAAAGAACUCUUUAAUCGAAUCUUGAAAUAUUUAAAUCUCAGCAUUAGUGGAUUCAAAAUAUCUAUUAACCUUGUCAUGUUAAAGAAAUGUUUCCAAUUAGAAGAAGACUUAGCAAAAUAUCAACAAUCACCUGAACUAUUAACACAUAGUCAAGCAUCAUUAGAUAAACUUCAAAAGAGAUCAUACGAAGAAAUUAGUUAUGGGUUUUUAUAA